GCCCCUGCACACCGAACCAAAGCAUGUGGUUCUAUGGACUGCAGCUGCCGUUAACGUUGGGCCAAAACUUCACUGCUGCUGCAUAUUCUGCUUCUCAACAGUAUCCCACACUAGAAGAUCACAAGUCGGCUGUGACGGUAUCCCAAAAUACUUUACCAAAUAUCUCAGCAACUGGAGAUGCCGUGAAGAAGAGAAGGGUUGAUGCCAAGAGAGACAGUAGUGAUGAGAAUAAGAAGAAGAAGAUUGACGCAGAUGUGCUCGAGAUGCCUGAACUGGAAUCAAACAGCAAUCAGAAGAAGGAAGCAUCUGAAUCAGGGGCACCAAAGAGUACUGAUUUCAUACACGUCAGAGCUCGGAGAGGACAGGCUACGGAUAGUCAUAGCUUGGCCGAGAGGGUGAGGAGGGAAAAGAUCAGUGAGAGAAUGAAGUAUUUACAAGACCUGGUGCCUGGAUGCAGUAACACCACGGGCAAAGCCAGUGUUCUUGAUGAGAUCAUUAAUUACGUACAGUCCCUUCAGAAACAAGUCGAGUUUUUGUCCAUGAAACUUGCUGCUGUCAGCCCUCCGAUCGAGUGCAACAUGCAGAGCUUCAUGGGGAGAGAGGUAGUUAUCAAGUCGUCUUGUAGCACAAGCAUCUCAAAAGAAAUGUCCGUGGAACUACUAAAUUCAUCGUAUCCCUUG